AAUCCUUUCUUGCACGUGUAAGUCUCGUGUUUAUUAGUCUGCAAUCAUGUAGUGCGAUCAUGUCUGUGAUUUUGAACGGAUUCUUGAUAUUCUUGGCAGGCAGAACGAUGCAUGCUGGAAAAGCUUGUUUGAGUUCGGUGUCGAGGCGGACGAGGAGCCAGUGGGACGCGUUCUACAGAAGUCGGCACGAUGAGAUUAAGAAGAAGUCCGAUCAAGAGAGUGGUUGUGUUGGCAAUGAAGGAUGUGGUAUGAAAUAUGAUGUGAGAAUUCAAGAUUUUGAGACUAGGAAUGAGAGUUUUGGGGAAAAGGGCAUUGGGAAGGAUGCUGAUUCUAUGAGUAGUGAGGAUGUUGAGAAUUCUGUGUCUUCGGGAGAUUUGGAGGACUCUGAAAGAAGCAGUCACUGUGAGGACGAUGCUGAUGAUUCUGAUAAGGACUAUAAAGUGAAAAUAUGCAAAUAUGUGCAGAAGAAAGGAGCACAAAAGGUUGGGAGGGCGGUGAGGAAAAAUGGCGUUGGAGCUGAAGGACCUGUGGAUUUGAUAAACAAGUUGGUGGACUCAAUAUGGAAGGAAAGGCAUUUAGUGAAAGAAAAGCCAGCUUCUGUUAAAGAGAAUGAUUGGAGUAAUACUACGCUGCCAUUGAAGUUCAGGCUGACGGAUGAUCAGGAGUCCUGUUUAGCAGAGAAAACAGAUUGGGAGAUGGAAAUUGACUCUCUGUUUAGUGAUUUAGAAAUUGGACUCUGGGAAUCUGAGAUUGGAUGCACAAAUUCUUCAACAAAAGAUGAUGAAAGUACUGUCUCCACAGAUAAUGAUGAAAAUCCGGUUGCGCGUUGUGGUCUAGGGGAGCAUGAUCUUGUUGUUGAUGAACAGAUAGGCAUCAUUUGCAAGUGUUGUUAUGCUGUGCUGCUGGAAAUAAAAUACGUUUUGCCACCUUUUGUAAGUAUAUGAACUUGCUCAUUUCACCUUCUGUGUCCAUAAAAAAAAAUUGCUAGAUUUGGCUCAGUUUGAGGCAAAUCAACUGUUGAAAAAGGACUAUUUCAACUAAUGUUAAGACUCGAUAAAGCGUUGAGUUUCUCUUAUCUCCUGCAGUAUGUGGAAUCUCCCGAGAGACAUGAAAGGAAGUACGUGGUAGAAUCACAGAACUCCAUCAUGAAUCAAAUUCCGUUUCAGGGCUCUCCUUGUGGUAAUCUGGAGUCAUCUUCUGUUCAUUCUGAGGGCACAGUUUUGGAUUUGAUUCCUGAUGCUGAUAAAGAACUGUACCCACAUCAACUGGACGGAUUCAAGUUCUUGUGGAGGAACAUAGCUGGAGACAUUCACAUCAAGAAACUGGAAAAGCUACCAGGGAAUGGUGGAAGAGGCUGCAUAAUCUCGCACGCCCCUGGCACUGGCAAAACCCGACUGACCAUUGUGUUUCUCCAAACAUUCAUGAAGCUAUACCCGGCCUGUCGCCCUGUGAUUAUAGCUCCACGAGGCAUGCUCCUGACUUGGGAACAAGAACUCAAGAAAUGGAACGUCGGCAUAAGGUUCCACAAUUUGAAUGAGGCAAAGCUAUCUAGUGAGGAAACUGCAAUUGCUGCCGGUAUUAUUGGCCAAACAGGGAAUCAAGAAAAGAACAAAGACUACAACCGAUUCAUAAAGCUGUACUCCUGGAUGAAGGGUGGAAGUAUAUUGGGAGUCGGUUAUCGUUUGUUUGAGGAGCUUGCUGGAGAAAAUGAGAAAAAACAUUGUAAUGGUAAAUUCAAGAAAAUACUCCUCGAAUUGCCAGGCAUUUUAGUGCUGGACGAAGGGCAUACCCCUCGAAACAAUCAAAGCCUAAUGUGGAAGGCUUUGACAAAAACAACAACGCAAAGGCGCAUAAUUCUCUCCGGGACACCUUUUCAGAACAAUUUUUCAGAGCUUUAUAAUACACUCUGCCUAGUGAACCCGAGAUUUUCUCAUCAGAUCAUGUCUGAAACCAGCUGUGGCAGAAAUCUUACUAAGAAUGCAGGGAGAAAAAGGAAGGCCAAUGCAGCAAGAGAUGAGUGGGCAAAUCUGACAAGUUCCAUCAGCAAAACCGAUAGUGAUGCUGAUGGAUUAAAGAAGCUUCGUUCAAUGAUCGAACCUUUCGUCCACAUACACAAAGGUAGUAUACUGCAAAACACUCUUCCAGGAAUGAGAGACUGUUUGGUUAUCUUAAGACCAACGGAUUUGCAAAGGAAACUACUCCAAAACGUCGCUCGAGUUGACAAAUUUCUAGAGCAAGCUUACUUAGCUUCUCUCAUCUCAGUCCACCCUUCACUUGUAGCAGAGAAACCAGAGUUCUCAGAUCACAAAAGAAAGCUGAAAUCCCUGGCAUCAGACCCCAAUGCUGGAGUAAAAACACGGUUCCUGAUCAAGCUGAUCCAACUCUCCAUCCGUCUCCAUGAGAAAGUCUUGGUAUUCAGCGAGUUCAUCGACCCUUUACUCCACAUCAAGAACCUGCUAAAGUCCCACUUCUCCUGGAACGAAGGCCGGGAAAUAAUUUACAUGGACGGAGACCAAGGCAUAAAGCAGCGCCAGCAUUUGAUCAAUUCGUUCAACGACAAACAUGGGGAGGCUAAAGUUCUACUUGCAUCACAAAGAGCUUGCUCGGAAGGAAUAAACUUAGUCGGGGCAUCAAGGGUGGUGCUGCUAGACGUGGUGUGGAACCCGUCGGUGGAGAGGCAGGCCAUCUGCCGAGCAUACAGGCUUGGUCAGGAGAAGGUGGUUUAUGUUUAUCAUGUGAUGACUUUAAUGGAGGUGAAGAAAUAUGCAAGGCAGGCGGAGAAAGAACGGAUUUCUGAGCUGAUUUUUUCGUCUAGUGACGGUGGUGGAGGUGGGGGGAGAAGUGCGGGGUGCGAUGGGGUUGUGUCGGAAGAUAAAGUGCUGGAAGCGAUGGUCGGGCAUCAAAGUUUUGGUAGUGUGUUUGAGAGGAUAGUUCACCAGCCAAAGGAAUCGGAUUUGGUGAGGACUUUCGGGUUUGUGGAUCUUAAGCAGUAAACUUGUAUUGUGUUCAUCUUCAUUUCCAACUCUCAACAUACUUAUCAGUAUAAAUAUUGCUGGUUAUUUGUUGAGAUCAAAUAUUUUACAUGUAUCGUGUAUUCAUACAAAUAGGGAUUAAGUCGA